CGCGAGGGUUUAGCUCCCCGCCGCUCCUCUCUUCUCCUCCCCGAUGCCUCCGCCUCGCCGCGCGCUCCUCGCCCCACUCCUCCGCCUCCGCGGCUUCUCCUCCCUCGCCCACCACUCGCCGCUGCCGCCUCCCCCGCGCCGCCACCAGUUCGUACUCCCCGCUGACCCCGCCGCGGGCAUCCAGGGACGGGGCGGCAUCGGCAACCCGCUCGACCCGGCGCAGCUCCUCCGCGACGACCCGGUCGCCAUAACUGCAUCGCUGUGGGUCUCCUCCUUCCGCGCCCAGCCGGCCACCGCCGCGCCGCCGUCGCUGUCGCCGUUCCUCUCGCGCCUCGAGCUCUGGGUGCUCGCCUACCAGAAGGCCUACGCCGACGAGACAGGAUCCUACCUGCCCCGCUCCUCCAUCCCGGCCUCCACACUCUCCUCCCUCCUCGCGCUCCGCAACGCCGUCCUCGACGCCCGCUUCCGCUUCGGCAACCGCCUCACCCCCUUCCUCCACUCCCCGCGCCCCGCCGCCGCCGCGGACCCCGCCACGCUCUCCAAGCGCAAGCUCCGCGCCCUCCUCACCACCCCGGGGCCGGCCCCCUUCCAGGACCGCGUCGUGCAGGAGCUCCUCCUCCUGCUGCUCGAGCCCGUCUACGAGGCAAGGUUCUCGCCCAAGUCCUUCGCCUUCCGCCCGGGCCGAUCUCCGCACGCCGCGAUCCGCACCAUCCGCCGCAGCUUCGCGCCCUACCUCUGGUAUAUCAAGGGCGACCUCUCCCCGCUCCUCCACUCCCCUGAUCCUGCUAUCGUCGUUGGUGCACUUAUCCGUGAUGUGCGUGACAAGAAGGUUGUCGAUUUGAUUCGUUCAGCACUGCUCACCCCACCUGUGACAGCGAGGCCUGGCGAUGAAGAUGCAGCGAAGAAGAAAAAGAAGAGGAAGUACCAGAAGAAGAAGGUGCUUCCGGAGGGAGAGCCGAAGCCUGACCCCUACUGGUUGCAGACAUUCUUUGGGUUUGCACCAGAAGAGGCUCUCACCCAGCCAGAUUGGGGACACUGUGGUGUACUGAGCCCAUUGCUUGCUAAUGUGUGCUUAGAUGAGCUUGAUCAAUGGAUGGAGGCAAAGAUUAAGGAAUUCUACAGGCCGUCCAAGUCCGAUGUUGUGGGAGGGGAGGAUGAAGUCGAGCAGGGGAACACUUCAUGGCCAGAAUUUGUUCCCACUAGUGGCCCUGACAAAACGAGGAAGGUGGACUACAUUCGAUACGGUGGCCAUUUCUUAAUCGGGGUCAGGGGUCCAAGAGCAGAUGCGGCAGUGCUCCGAAAGCAGCUUGUUGAAUUCUGUGACCAGCGGUUCCGGAUCAAGCUUGACAAUGAGAGCCUCCCUAUUGAGCACAUCACCAAAGGGAUCAUGUUCCUUGAUCAUGUGCUGUGCCGCCGUGUUGUGUACCCGACUCUCCGUUACACAGCCUCUGGAGGCAAGAUCAUCAGCGAGAAGGGGGUUGGGACUCUGCUAUCUGUGACAGCUAGUUUAAAGCAGUGCAUCAAGCAGUUCCGGAAGCUUGAGUUUUUAAAGGGGGACCGUGAACCAGACCCACAACCUUGCUUCAGGAUGUUCCAUGCCACACAAGCUCACACAAAUGCACAGAUGAAUAAGCUUUUGCUGACAAUGGCAGAGUGGUAUCGUUAUGCUGAUAACCGCAAGAAGGUUGUCAAUUUCUGCUCAUACAUUAUAAGGGGUUCCUUGGCAAAGUUAUAUGCUGCCAAAUACAAACUGAGGUCGAGGGCAAAGGUCUACAAGAUUGCAUCAAGGAAUCUUAGUCGACCAUUGAAGGAUAAGAAAGGACAGUCGCCAGAGUACCACAAUUUGCUAAGAAUGGGUCUUGUGGACUCAAUUGAUGGGCUUCAGUAUACAAGGAUGUCGAUGGUUCCUGAUCCUGAUUACACACCAUUACCAAGUGGAUGGCGCCCAGACCAUGAGAAGAUUUUACUGGAGUAUAUAAAGCUCACAGAUCAACAAACAGUAGAAGAGCAGCGAAGCUGCAUUAGGGAGGAAGGACUUAUAACUCCACAGGACUACAUAUCAAUGCUUGUAUGGAGCUACAAGAAAAAUGCAGUUUUACUACCUUCAUUCAAAGAGAGUGACCACAAAGGGUCCACAGAGGACUUGGGUUCAGACACAGAUGAGUUGAGUGACAAGGAAUUAGGAAAUCCUGGCCAUGUGGAUUCCCCAAAGGUUGCUGAAAUGCCAUGAGUAUUAAAUUCUUCAAAAUGACCACUCUCUAGUAUUCUGAAGGGGCAGUUGACAAAAUAGCUGCUCAAUGCUGCUGGAGUUAAAAGAAAUCAACUAACUCGCUGCGAACAUAAACUAUGGUACAAAGCUGUAAUUUGCUGUCGAAUCUCUGUUGUGCUGGUUCCUAAGUGCCUAACUACAUGGCUGCUUCCUAUUCAGGGACAUGAAGUUUUGCACAGCUUCAACUUCAAGAAUAUUUCUCAAUACUCAGGAUCAUUUUGGAUAUUUGUUGUUGUGCAAGCACAAGACACCAGGAUGGAAUUUGAGGAAAUGUUGCCAGAUUGUGCAACUGCAUGCAGAACAAGCUUCUGACACUGUUACAGACAAAUCCUAUCUUUUAGUAAGACUAGCCUUACCAAUUCUAUUUAUACAUCUCCAACUCAUUUGGAAAAAUCGCCCUGUACACAUUCUGUUCAAACUUCAAACGACCUAUUCAUCUGUAGAAUGUUUUACAUAAAGCAGAGGUCACUGGUCACAUAUUGGAAGAUUCGGUUAUCCAUAGCUUCUUAUACUUUAGUAUGAAGUAAUGGCUGAUUGCAUGCCUUGGUCGGUUAGAUUUUUAAAGAUAUGACUGGAAAGUGGAAAGUCUAUUUAAUAGAACCGUACUUGUUUGAUCUGUUUGUUCUUAGUUUGUUGCUUUUUUAAGCAUUGAAUGCUAUAGUGAACAGUAAGUUGUUUGUAAUUACCUAUAACUUUGGAAACUCAAAAUGGCAAUUUCUUCAAUGAUUCAGUAGAGAGUUCUCUCUUAAAGUUCCACUCUGCUAAGAAUCAUUUCACAUACUCUUGCUUCUAUUUGUUUCCAAUGGGCAUUUGUAAU